AUGUCGGCCAGCACCUUGCCUCGCAAAUGCAUCUCGACGACCAUCUCCUUCCGAGAGAAGAAGGAGCUCCUCCAGAAGUGUCAGCUCAAGGAAGAAGAAACGAGAAAGGAGUCGGAGGCUCUCAUCUUUCAGGUCUCCAACUUUGUGCUCAAGCGCCAGCUGGGCCAGGGCGCCGGCGGCCGGGUCUUCCUCGGGCGCCACGUUGAGGACCGCAACCGACGGGCGGCCAUCAAGAUCAUCCACAAGCGCAGCUCCAACGCCAAGGCCGUUCGCAUGGCACGAAGGGAGCAUGCGAUCCUGACGGAGCUGCCGCCGCACCCGCACAUCGUCAACCUGUUCGACGUGGUGGAGAACAGCAAGCGGCUGUGUCUGGUGAUGCAGUACGCCGAGGGCGGCGACCUGUUUGACUACGUACUCAAGAGCGGCAAGCUGCCCCAGCACGAGGCCUGGCGGAUCUUCCGCCAGCUGCUCGACGCCGUCAACCACAUCCACAAGCACGGCUUCAUGCACCGCGACAUCAAGCCCGAAAACAUCUUUUUGGACAAGGACCUGAACGUGGUGUUGGGCGACUUCGGGCUGGGCGGCAAGUGGUCGUCGCUCUCCCCGACCAACGCCACCUGCGGUUCGCUGAACUACGCGGCACCCGAGAUCCUCGGCGCCAACUACUACAUCGGCCCCGAGGUCGAUCUGUGGAGCUGCGGCGCCGUCCUGUACAUGAUGCUCACCGGCUCCGUCCCCUUCUCCGCCGAGAGUACGGCCGACGUCUAUGAGAACAUCCGGACGGCGGCGAUCCAGACCCCCUCGUUCCUCGACAAGGACGUGGUCGACCUGAUGCACAAGCUGCUCACUCCGCACUCCCUCAAGCGAGCCACCAUGAUGGACGUGCUCAAGCACCCGUGGCUUCAGAAGCUCCCCCACAGGAGUAGGACCGCGCCCAACCUCGGGGCCGUGCGCGUGCAGCCGCAGUUGCUGCCGACGCCGAUGGAGGACAAGAAGGAGAAGGACCGGGAGAGGCGACAGAGACAACAGGAGAUCGCCCAGAAGGAGUCGCAGGACCCGUCCAGGUCCUCGCGGGGCUCCUCUUGCCGGAGCAGCAAGAAGAACACCUUCAAGGCCAAGGAAAUCGAAGUCGAGAUCGAGCAGUCGUCGUGA